AUGGAAGAUGAAUCUUUGUUCGAUUAUUGUGAAUGGGAUUUUGAUAAUUCUGAUGAAUUUCCAAUAGAUUUGGAAGAUAUCGAGAGUUGGAACAUGACAGCCCGUUAUACCAAUGCCUCUGAAUCUUCUCAUGCAAGAGCAAAUCGUUAUGGAAAAAACCUGUCUUUAAAUGCUGCCAUUUUGCACAACAAUAAAAAGACGAGAGCCGAUAGAAUUGAUUUUAAAGAAAAAGAACUCGAAAUAAAACAAAAAGAAUUAGAAUUGGAUGUAAAAGACUAG